AUGGGGAAGGCCUUCAGAGACAGGUCCAACCUGGUCAUUCACCAGCGGAUCCACACUGGGGAGAGGAGCUACGAGUGUGGGGAGUGUGGGAAGAGGUUUCUGACCAGCUCCAAUCUCCUCCUGCAUCAACGCAUUCACAUGGAUGAGAAGCCCUUUCGCUGCCCCGACUGCGGGAAGGGCUUCAAGCAAAACUCCAUCCUCAUCACCCACCAGCGCAUCCACACUGGGGAGAGGCCCUACCAGUGUCCUGAUUGUGGGAAGAGCUUCUACUGCAGCUCUGGCUUGACUGAACACAAACGGAGGCACCGGUGCCAGGGCAGGGGGCAGUUGGGCCGGGGCAAGGGCUCUCCAACUGCCCUGGAUGUGGAACUGAAGCCCAGUAACCGCCAGAACGACCUUGGAGCCCUGGCAGGAAUAGUGAGGAGGGUGGUGAGGCCCUGGCACAGGUUGCCAAACAGAGGUCACCCUGGAAGUGCUCGAGGCCAGGCUGSAUCUCUUCCCUUCUGGUGUUCUCAUCAAGUGACCCAGGAGCUUGGACUGAGCGAGCAGUUCCCUUCCCACAUGUUUUCUCAGCCAGGAGCUUUCUCAAGAGACCCUGAGGAGGCAAAAGAACACARAGAACAGCUCUGGAGUAACGCAGACAGAGUGAACCAUAAACAGAAAGCAGAAAGCCAUGGCAAUCUCUCCCGGACAAAUGCAGAAACACCAGCCGAGAGCAGCCAAGGGCCAUUGCCCAGCCCGGCACUGCACAUCCCUUUCUCCAGACUCAGGGAAAUAGAAGCGGAGUUGAUGUGCGCUGACGAGGCAGACACUGAGUUGGAAUCUGGCGAGUUGAUGGUACCCACAGUGCCACCAACAGCGGCUCAGCCUCCUGCCCAAGCCUCAGGGCACAGCCUGUGGCACCGCGUUGGCACGGGGCUCCAGGUGGUCCUGCGAGAAGGCAGAGCUCAGUACAGGCAGCAGGAUUUUGCAGCAGCAGCUGCCAAAUUCUCCACAGCACUGGAGCUUUGCAGUAAAGGCUUUGCUACAGAGGAUCCCUUCAAACCCACUCCAGAUGAUAUUUCCAGGUUUGCCAGCUGGAUCGAGUCAAAGCUCGUCAUCUGCUACUUAAAACUGGGGCAGCCUGGUCUUGCUCUGCAUCAUUCACACAGGAGCAUCAUUCAGAACCCCUCUCACUUCUGCAAUCACCUGCGCCAAGCUGCUUGCUUUCGGUGCCUGCAUAGAUACGCGGAGGCUGCAAGGAGCACCAUGGUGGCACAGUGUCUGUACGUCCUGGCCGAAGGUGCUGGGCUGGAGACCAGUGACCUCAUCCAGCUGUACUGGCAGGCUAUGAUUCAAGAAGCCCUCAGUGGAGAAAGAUCUUUUUCAGUUCUGUACACACCUUUUGAGAAAGAGGACAAAGCUGACAAAAUACAGGAGGCCAACAAAACCUUUGCUGAAAAGAACCCGGAUUAUGUGCAGCACAUAUUUACAGAUCCUCAUGGAAUUCACCUGUUGCCAGAGAGGGCCGAAUCUCAYCCUGACCAGCAGUACUUACUGACUCUGGGCUUCAGGAACAGAGAGAUUGGAAAAGCCAUGGAAAAAUCUGUAACUCGAAAACUGCCAGUCUUUCCAGGCCAGAAAACACCUUUCAGUCCCAGCAUGGAGGAAGAAUCAGAAAAUUUUUGGCAGAACACUGGAAAAAAGAUCAUGGCAGUCAUGGCUUUUAUAGGAAGCACCAAGAUAAAGGAUGAGCGUGGCCCAUGUGCACGGGCCAUCGAGCAAUUCCAUCACGCCAGCCUGCUCAGCCACCUUCAAAGAGGGGAGCAACAGGCCCAGGUGAUGGCCCAGGCGAUGGCUGAGCUGGCGACUGUUCCUUACCUGCAGAGAGUCUCUCAGGAGGAUGACAAGCUGCUGCAGUCACUGAUGGCAGAUGCUGUGGACAUCCUUGCAGGAAGAACUGGAGAGCGUGUGUGGACUAAAAUACAGAAGGUGGCACUAAUCGAAGAGUACUUGAGGGAAGGAGAAGAGCAUUACUUAAGGGCCCCAAGGCUGCAAACAUCUGGAAUGGAAAACAGGAACUGGACUCCRAGGGGACAGGAAUAUUUGAGACUGGAAAAUACAAACAUGUUCAUUCCCAGCCCACGAAGCUUGACCACAGGGCCAAAAAAAAGACAUAUAAUUUUUGCAAAUAGUUGA